UUCAAGAUGGUGCAUUUCAAGUUUUGAAUUUACUCCUCAUUUAGCCCCUUUGUAUGUAUUUAUUUGGCAGAAAUUGGUUCUCUUGGCGUGUGAAAUACUUCUAUGAAUCUUUUAAUAAUGUUUUAGAAUGCAUAUGUGAGGAUAAUUUAACCUUAAAUAUUGUAUUAGCACAGAAACUUAAAAGUUCGUUUUGCCGCGCGUCGCGCUCGUGCACUCAGUUUUUUAUGCCUAAUAUGGCUGACAUUCAAUAAUGAAGAAGAAAGGAACCUGUGUGGAUGAAUCUCAUUGAUUAAGGAUUUGAGGCCAAUCAGCCCUUGAUUGAGCCUGGAUUGGAGGGGUGCAGCGUGAAUCUCUUUGUGUGGCUGUGGAGCCGGGUGGCACGAGUCCCAUCUACGAUGUCCAUGCAGGGUGCAGGGAAGAAGGAAUCAACAGAGGAAAGUCCUGCUGCACCAGAUAGCACCACCAAAGAACGGAGUGGGUUCAGCGAAGGGGAGGACGUGCUCCAACGCAAGGAUGGACAAUUCUACUUAGGAACUAUAGUAGAGGUGGACCUGGUCACGGAGCAGUGCUUGAUUAAGUUCGGGGAUGAUACAGAUAGUUGGUCCUCAUUUAAAGAUCUCACCAAGCUGACACUGCCGGAGUCUGAUCUGCUGUGUGUCAUCUGCAAGAAGUCUCAGCCAAAGACAGACAACGAGAUCAUUGUCUGUGACAAGUGCAGUCGUGGAUAUCACCAUUUGUGUCACCAGCCCCAUAUAUCAAAAGAGAGCACGAAACCAGAAGCACAUUGGGUAUGUAAGCGCUGCUUGGACAGCAUGCCGGGCAAGGGCAGGGAGAGCAAGGUAGCCAGAAAAGAGAGCAUUCGCAAGAUGUGUGGCCCCCGGCCAGAGCCCCCUAGCGUGCAGAUCGAGAAGAACAAGUUACCUUAUGAUCCUGAUGAGCUGUCAUGGGACCAGAGCCACCGCAGCAACAUUGAACAACGGUACUGCUACUGUGGGAAGGAUGGAGACUGGUUCAUGCAGAUGCUGCAGUGUGGCCGCUGCAGGCAGUGGUUCCACGAGAAAUGUAUCAAGUGCUUGCAGUAUCCUCUGUACUGUGGUGACAGGUUUUAUGUAUUUGUAUGUUCCCUGUGUAAUUACGGAAAGGAGUUUGUUCGUCGUCUGGAAAUGAAGUGGGUUGACAUAGUGCAUCUGGCUCUAUUCAAUCUGACCAUCUUCAAUACUAAGAAGUACUAUGAUUUGGACACAGUUAUCAUUCCGUACGUGAAUGACAAUUGGCACGCCUUUCAGCUACCACCAAAGAUCCUAGAUGUUAGCUUGGAUGAGAGACGGGAGAACAUCUUGUCCGUUCUUACGAACAACAGGAAUAGGUUCAAAUGUGGCAGGGAGAUAAAGAAGCGCACCACAAUCUGGGGCCUGCGUGUACGGCUGCCCCCUCAUGCUCCAUCCUUUAGCUUGCCCAGUGUCCGCCCAGUGAGUGAUGCAUUGCUCAAGGAGUUGUGGUUCGGGAAUAAGCGACUAAAAUUCCUGCCACCCUCACUGAGUUCACUUGUAUCAGGCAAGUGUCAGCUUGGUAAAAGUUUCCGCACUGAUGGCGUUCUAAAUGGCCACUCGAGUGUCAUGAAGAGUGCUGUGGAUCCUAGUAUGAUGGGCAGUGUGUCAUCCUCCAUGGGACUGAUGCUCGAGAGCCACAACCGCAGCAAUGGGUUGUCAGACCCUCCAAUGGGACUUAAGCUGUUGAAGAUCAGUAGUCGGCCAAACAGCAUUCCCAUCACAGGCGACAAGGUGUGCAUCAAGAGCUCCGAGUACUGCAGUGGUGGCUUUGUGAAGAAGUCAACUGCAUAUCCCCCAGCCAGUCGACUGAGCAUGCAGCAAGCACUGCUUCGACGUAGGUUCAGAUCCAUAGCGAAUAAUUCAUCCCACAAAGAGCAUUUGCUGAAAAGGAGGCGGUACAAGCGUCAACAGGCAGAUGGCCAAGCCAAGGAAUUCACUGUUCGCAAGGCCCGGAAACUGCUCAAAAAUGCAAUAGCAACUAGCCAGAAGAGUACCCAAGAUCUGCCACCAACACCUCCGUCCUCAUCUGCACCUGAUACGCCGCAGCCAGUAAUGCCAAGUAUUGCUGUUCCAGUUAUUGCAGGACCUGGACGGUCUGCUACGCCAGCUCUCCCCUCAUCCAAUUCCGUCCCCUUCCCACCUCCUACCACUCCUGGUGACACAAGUGGGGAUGAAACCUCUUCUCGGGGCACUCUCGACUCUUUCAUUCCUCCUCCCAAGGAUUUUGAAGGUAAGAAUAAUCCGUUUCGUAGUUUAACGGAGCUCUUGUCGGCACCUAAUGGGUUGAAUGUGACUGCCAGCUUGUUUAAUACUGCUCCGGCUCCCAGUAUUCUAAAUACAAGCCCAAUUACGCUUCCACUACCCUUGACUCCUGUUCUCACACAUCCUGUUCCACCCCGACCUGCCAAGCGGCAGCUAAGUGAGAAGGAUAUCCGGAUUGACCGUAAUGGUGAAGUCAAGCGGAGGAGACAUCGACGCAAUAGGGGCAGUUCAACAAAUGGGACAACAAACACAGGGACGGCCAGUAAAAGCGCUACAUUUAUCCCUGGCCGCCCUGAGAAGCCUGGAGACGUGUGGUCAGGUGCCAGUACAUCUGUUCGUUCAUUGCGUAGCAUGUAUAACAGUGGCCCAUCGAGUAGUGCAAGUACAAGUGGGGGCCAGGUGGGCAGCUGUGUUGACUAUGUUCUGAAUGGACGACGUCUUAGAGCAACUCAGAGGCAAGACAGCAUCAAGGGAAAUGAAAGGAAGAUGGUACCUCAGCCCUCUUCAGCAAAAUCCUCCCCAGUCAAGCAGAAUCCAGUAGAAAUCUCUCUUGAUGAUCUUAAGUCAUCAGUAAACAUAUACUUUGGUGCAGCAAAUAGGAUCGCUGCAGGAGAAAAGUUUGGUGUUCGGGCAAAGAGAACAACUCCAACAGGGAAAGUUCAGUAUCUAAUCGAGUGGGAAGGCCCUCCCACAUAACAAUAAAUCUACAAGUAUUUUCUUUCAUUGGGGCGUCAGUCUGAUCAUUGUCAUUGCAAAGAAAUUGGUUCACAGUUACCUGGUAGAUGGAGACAGCUUCAAGACUGCACUCAUUUACAACCAUUUGUGCCAUGGCUACAUCUUCCAAUCAAUGAACCCUGUAAGAGGCACACUUCCUAAGACAGUGACUUACGUUUUCCCCACCUGACUGAUUCAUUGUUAAUUGCUUGUUGGGACUGGGAAUUCUGUCUCUUCACAUGUCAUGUUUGUUAUUCUGCUCUGAUGUACAAAUUGAGGGUGGGGGUGUAGCUGUAGAGUGACUGUGUCUUAAAAGAUAGGAUUUUAAAGGUUUUAAUUCAGAUUUUGUAAUCGUUUUAUUGUGUAAUCUCUGAUCAAUUGGAAGCCACUGUGGGGCAGUGCAGUACCCUUACAUGUGCCAGUAUGUUGUCUUAUUGUGUUGGUUCUUCCUGUCUUAUUUAUUUCAGAGGUUGGUACUGCCAUCACUGUGUGUGCGUCAGGUCAUGCCAAAAUUCCCAGUCCUGAACAUUCGUGAAGUAUUGUACAUAAUUAUAUUACUGCCAAUGCUAAAAUAUCACUGCCCCAGUCUGCAGCCAUUGUUUAUUGAUGUACAAUAUAUUGGGAGGAGGUCUGUCUGCUUCUUAUCAUGUUACUGAUGUGGUGUGUAUUCAGGAGGGCCAUGAUGUUGCCUAGUGGCCUAUCAGACCAUUCUUGUAGCAGUGUGACAAUAUGAAUGCGUACAGAGAUGGUGGUAUGUGUUGAUUUGGAGAACAAGAUCUAGAUGAUGAGAGGGCACUGGCUUGCUGUGCAUGGGUUUAAUGAUGCUUCACCAGAUGUUGCUACUCAUCCCAUAAUAUAGAUUGUUUGAAUCCAGGCAUACCUGGUGUGGCAUCAACUUCAUAAAUGUAUAUAUUUAUUUGUUGCUCUGUGUGUGUGUGUGUGUGUGUGUGUGUGUGUACAUUUAAGGUGUCAUGUACAGUAUGUCUCCUGUAGCAGUCCAGUGUAAGGUAGUGUGUGAGUGGCAGCACUGUGCCUAGCAUAUAAUGAGCUGGUGACAGAUUGAGAAUAGUAGUUGCUUUCUCCCAGUUGUAUUGAAUUACUGGUAUGACAGGUGUUCUUGAGGUGAACUGCCAGUAUAGUAUGCCUUCUACGACAGACUGUAUUACAGAAAACUUAUCAAAUAAGACUGAAAAUAAAGCUUUUCAGGGUGACAAUGGUACUGCUUGAAACAAAAAAAAAAAAGGCAUUUUUACAGGGAUUGAAUAUGAAAUAGUUUAAAAAAAAAAUUCUGGAUUAUGUAUGUGCGCGCGCGUGCGUGUGUGUGUGUGUGGGGGGCAAAAUUGCAUUUAAAAUGCUGUAUGAAAUUUGUAACAUUGUAAACUGUACAUACAUGGCUGCAAUGGAACCAGAUAUGCUCAGAAAAAUGUUUUUUAGAACUGCAUGUGGAUAUACGUAUGAACUGCAAGAUAUCAUUCCAGUGCAUUUUUAGACCAGAUAUAUCACUGCCAAUUUUUGUAAUAAUAUUGUACUAGUCAGUACAGAGCAAAGAGGUUCCGAUAAAAAUAAACAUGGGAAAAUGUGUCGA